AUGGGGGGCAUAAGAGGAACUAAACCUUCUUGGGUGGCCUUCAGAGUGGAACAGAAUAAACAUCAGAAGGCAAAGUCCAGGACGUCAUUAAGUAAUGAGUCUACUUUGAAGGAAUUGUCAGGAACAGAAAAUUUGUUGACCACAAGUGGCUCAGAGCAGACUCAGAAACCAGUGCCCCCUCCUGGAGAAGCAAGUCCCUCCGGACAGCACCCUAGAUAAAAAUUGGACCCCAGGAGAAAGGAGAUCGAAGUGAAGAUGUAUAGCCUACGAGAGAGAAAGGGCCAUGUCUACCAAGAGAUCAGCGAGCCCCAGGGCGAUGACUACCUCUAUUGUGAGAAGUGUCAGAACUUCUUCAUCGACAGCUGUGCUGUGCAUGGGCCUCCUACGUUUGUAAAAGACAGUGCCGUGGACAAGGGGCAUGCCAACCGCUCAGCCCUCACUCUGCCCCCUGGGUUGAGAAUCGGACCAUCAGGCAUCCCUGAGGCUGGGCUUGGAGUGUGGAAUGAGGAAUGUGAUCUGCCCGUGGGCCUGCACUUUGGACCUUAUGAGGGUCAGAUCACAGAAGAUGAAGCCACAGCCAACAGUGGCUACUCCUGGCUGAUCACCAAAGGGAGAAACUGCUAUGAGUAUGUGGACGGAAAGGAUACAUCUCAGGCCAACUGGAUGAGGUAUGUGAACUGCGCCCGGGAUGACGAAGAACAGAACCUGGUGGCCUUUCAAUAUCACAGGCAGAUUUUCUACCAAACCUGCCGGGUCGUGAGGACGGGCUGUGAGCUGCUGGUCUGGUAUGGAGAAGAGUAUGGCCAAAAGCUGGGCAUCAAGUGGGGCAGCAAGUGGAAGACAGAGCUUGUGGCCGGGAGAGAACCAAAGCCAGAGAUCCACCCAUGUCCCUCCUGCUCUGUGGCCUUCUCCAAUCAGACAUUCCUCAGCCAACAUGUGAAACGCAAUCAUCCCUCUGAGAUUCUGCCAGGAGCAUCUGUAGGAAAACACCUCCAGUCAGAGGAACCCAGCCCAGAGAAUCAGAAUCAGCAGCAGCAACAACAUCCUGGUCCACAUGGCUGGAAUGACAAAGCUGAAGGUCAAGAGGUCAAAGGAAGGUCCAAACCUUUGUUUAAAAGGAUCAGGCACAGGGGAACUUCAAGGGCCUCUUUCAAGCCUCCCAAUGGACAAACAGGGAGCUCUAGUGAGAGUGAAAGAAUAAUGGAGGAAGAGCCCAGCACAGGCCAGAAUGUUAAUCCAAAGAACACAGGCAAAUUAUCUGUGGGAGUAAGAAUGUCAAAAAUUGUAACAAUCAAGCCUGGAGGGUGUGGGCAAGGCUUCAAUGAUGGGUCACAUAUCAACACACACCAGGGGACACACUCAGGGGAGAAGCCCUGUGUGUGCAGGGAGUGUGGGCCAGGCUUUACACAGAAGUCACAUCUCAUCACACACCAGGGGACACACUCAGGGGAGAAGCCCUAUGUAUGCAGGGAGUGUGGGCGAGGCUUUACACAGAAGUCACAUCUCAUCACACACCAGGGGACACACUCAGGGGAGAAGCCCUGUGUGUGCAGGGAGUGUGGGCCAGGCUUUACACAGAAGUCACAUCUCAUCAGACACCAGAGGACACACUCAGGGGAGAAGCCCUAUGUAUGCAGGGAGUGUGGGCCAGGCUUUACACAGAAGUCACAUCUCAUCAGACACCAGAGGACACACUCAGGGGAGAAGCCCUAUGUGUGCAGGGAGUGUGGUCGAGGCUUUACAGAUAAGUCAUCUCUCACCAAACACCAGAGGACACACUCAGGGGAGAAGCCCGGUGUUUGCAGGGAGGAUGAGUCAUGA